AUGCUACUACACAGAUUUACCAGCACAAAGACAACAUCACACCCGAGCAAGCAAGCAGGUCCUACCACAGCAAGCACAACAUGCAGGACGACUGGUCUAGCGACAACUACAACAAAUGUCACCACCAGCACCUCCACAAGCACAUCAUGCUGGACCACUACAUUUAACUCCUUGUUCGGAUUCGAACUCAAGAGCUUAGCGUCCUGUCCAGGGUUGGUGGCUCUACUAUGUCGGCCAGCAGACCCAGCGUGUCUUGGUGUUAGCCGGAUUUUGUUUGGUUUCCUGAUGGUACUGGACGUGUUCACUGAACGCGGUAUGAACGUCCUUGACAUUGAGUGGGACGAGUCGACCUUCUGCAGGUUUCCUCUGUUUCCUUUCCUACGCCCUCUGCCCGUGAGGUGGAUGUGUGUGGUGUAUAUCAUUAUGUUUUCUGGUGCUUGUGGGAUAAUGCUGGGCUACAAGUAUCGCUACAGCUGUAUCAUGUAUCUACUGACGUACUGGUACAUUUUUAUCCUGGAUAAAACUCGCUGGAACAACCACAGCUACCUCUUCGGGACUUUGGCCUUUCUCUUCACUGUGUCUGACGCCCACAGGUUUUGUUCCAUAGAUGGAUACCGUCAUGAACGAAUGAACAACACACACGUGCCACUGUGGAACUACACACUACUGCGGACACAGAUUAUACUGGUAUACUUUAUUGCUGGUCUGAAGAAAUUAAACCUUGACUGGAUUUAUGGCUACUCUCUAAAAGGCUACUUCACCGAGCUGCCAACAGUACUUUCAUAUGUCAGCUACUUCCUAAGCGGACCACAAAUCGCAUUGGGCAUCCACAUUUGCGGGCUAAUCAUAGACUUGUUUGUCGGGUUUGUCUUGUUCUUUGAUGGAACAAGGAAGCUGGGCUUGUUGAUUUCGAUGACGUUUCACAUCCUUAACUCCAUUAUGUUCAACAUUGGAAUGUUUCCCUACGUCAUGAUGACGUCAGGAAUAUUCUUCUGCUCCAAUGAUUGGCCUAGACGACUCUACGCAUACGUCACUUCUGCACUGAGGAUCAGACGAUGUUCUGAGACCGCCUCCAUUAAGACCAGUGAUCACUGUAUCUACAGCAAAGAUCAAGUUAAAUCGGAGAAUGGCCAGGCUUAUAGUUUCAGAGUCCCCCUCAAACACACACCAAAGGUGACCCCCACUUUUCUGCACAAACUGGCCACAUCUUUCACCUUGGGGUUCAUGACCUUGCAAUGUUUCCUACCGUACUCACACUUUGUCACUAAGGGACUGAACAGCUGGACAAAUGGCCUCUACGGUUACUCCUGGAACAUGAUGGUCGACAGCUGGGUACUCCAGCAUGCCAGGAUCACCUACAGAGAGAAGGACACUGGUCACUCAGGGUACAUCGACCCUUACAUUUCCCAUGAAGACGGACGCAAACGUUGGCCCACCCAGGCCUGUAUGAUCAAACAGUACGCCGCCUGUGUGGCCGAGUCUCUCAGACAAAGCAACAUCACCAACGUGGAAAUCUACUUCGACAUCUGGUACUCACACAACCACAGGUUCCAGCAAAGGAUCGUGAACCCCCAUGUUGACAUAUUAACGGCCGACUGGAACCUCUUUGAGAAGCCCAGCUGGAUGCUGCCUCUACUCACCGACCUAUCAGAUUGGAGGGAAAAGUUUGACGUCAUCAAGAAAUCUUUUGACGACAUGUAUGAGCUGGUCUAUGUGGCCGACUUCCCGGGGUUUUCUCUGGAGAACUACGUGGAGCCAGACUUUGAGAAUACCAGCCUGACGGUGCUGGAGGGUCGAGUCGUUGUUGAGUUCCCUGAGGAGAAUAGAAACAUCACCCUCGGGAUCAACCAAACCAUUCAGAUUCCUGAAGACAGUUUUCACCUAGUCCACGUGGCAACAGAGACCGUCUCCUGCUACAUGUACUCAUUCACAAACCAAACAAAAUCCAAACUUUGGAGAAAAUACAAGCACGCAUUGGCUCAAGGGGGCAACUCUACAUUAGACGCUGUUUUAAAAAGUUUAGAAAAUGAUACAGACCUGAAUAACAUCCAGAGUUUACUGGGUAUAGAGGGGCCUAAAGUACAACCAAUUACUCUACACAAGUUGAAGGCAUUCUUUCAGGAGUUUUAUGCUGAUAUUACGAGAAGCUGGUUGCUAGCGGCUAGUGCCGUCUUCUCCAUAGCAACCAACACAGACUUUGAUGCCGUUUUAAACAUUUCCCUGGCAGUACCGGAAACUGAAUGA